AUGAACAGUCAAUACGUUCGCCGGGAGGUCUUCUGCAGGAACACCUGUAAUGAGCUCAAACGCUUCUGGGAAAAGGAAAUUGGCAAACAGACUUACUACCGAGAAUCAGAGGAACACCGUCUGGGAAGAAGUGCACUGAGAAGGCUCAGAGAAGAAUGGAGGCAGAGGCUGGAAACAAAGCUGAGGCUACGGAAUAACCCAGAUGAGACUGAAAAGCGGGCAAAUGUUGGCUGAGCGCUUCCUGCUGCAUUGACACAAGAGGAUGUAAAGCACCGAGGUCACUCUGCUAGAAGUCAAUGCAAAUCCCUGAGUCCCUUUGCUUUACCAAUCAGAUCUGGUGCUAUUGUUUCCCCAGCUUUGAAGGAAUUUACCUACGAAUGGUUCCCCAAUGCUAAAUGGGAGUUAUUAUUCAAGUCAGUCCUGUUUGCACAUCUCUAAAGAUGAGGUUAUUUAAGACCAAAACUCCA